AUGGUGGAAGGGGAUAGUAAAGGGACCAUUGACACAGUGCAAGUUGCACUUAGAAUUAGGCCUUUGAUGCAACUGGAGACCGAUAGGGGAUGUGACGAGUGCAUUGAUGUGGUUGCUGGGCAACCUCAGGUCCAGAUAAAAGACUUGGCAUUCACAUACAACUAUGUCUUUCCACAACAUAUCACGCAGCAGGAGUUCUAUGAUACAGCCGUCAAGGGUCUGAUUGGAAAACUGUUUCAAGGAUAUAAUGUAACAAUACUAGCGUAUGGCCAGACUGGCUCUGGCAAGACUUAUACUAUGGGUACUAAUUAUUCUGGAUCUGAUGGUGACUCCACUAAACUGGGUGUAAUUCCCCAAGCAGUGGCAGAUAUAUUUGAUUUCAUAGAGACACAUGAAGACAAAUUUAUAUUCAAAGUGAAUGUUUCCUUCAUGGAGUUGUACCAGGAGCAGUGUUAUGACCUGCUCUCAGGGAAGGAGAGGGGACACAGUAUUAUAGAGAUAAGGGAAGAUAUUAACAAGGGUGUGAUACUGCCAGGUAUAACUGAGCUCCCAGUGACCUCAACAAUGGAGACUAUGAUGGUGUUGGAGCGAGGGUCGUCAGGCCGUGUGACAGGAUCCACUGCUAUGAACCAAGCGUCCAGUCGAAGCCAUGCUGUCUUCACCAUUGUCAUCUGUAAAGAGAGUAGGAGUGAUAAAAACUUAGCAACUACUUCAAAGUUCCACCUAGUAGACUUAGCGGGAUCUGAACGUAUAAAAAAGACGAAGGCUAGUGGUGAGCGGCUUCGGGAAGGCGUUAAGAUCAACCAAGGUCUGUUAGCGCUCGGCAAUGUGAUAUCGGCUCUAGGAGAUGGAACUAACAGGAGUUUCAUCAGCUACAGAGAUAGUAAACUUACAAGAUUGUUACAAGACAGUUUAGGCGGUAACUCUCUAACUCUAAUGGUGGCGUGUGUGAGUCCUGCGGACUACAAUUUGGAUGAGACCGUCUCUACACUGCGGUAUGCUGACCGCGCGCGCAGGAUACGCAACAAACCUAUCAUCAACCAGGAUGCUAAAGCCGCUGAGAUUGUUCGGCUGAACAACUUAGUGAACGAACUAAGACUGCAACUACUAGGCAAGAUGCCGACCAUAUCAGAACAGAACAAUGAACAGCUACAAGAAGAAUUAGACAGAGAACGAGCUAGAUACCAAGAACUAUUGAAAAAGCAUAAACAAGUUACUGAACAUCUCAGUAACAUGUUGAUCGAAAACACAAACCUCUGCGAAAAGGCUUUACUCGCAGAAGCAGCCAAAGACAAGAUAGAGCGGAAACUAAACGAGCUCACAGAGCAAUGCAACCAGACCAUAGAGAACUUGAAUACCACAGAUAAAGACGAUGAACAUCAAAAGACAACGGUUGUGGACUAUUUGAAAGAAAUUAAGUGUCGUUUGGAAGAUCUACAGUCUGUUAACUUGAAGACUAAUGAGGAACUUAUUGAUCAUGAGAUUAAGCUGUCGUUUGUGAACGAUGGUGAUCAUGAGAAGGCGGAUGAUGAUAUGCCGAUGAAUGAGGACCAGGCUGUGCUUGAGGAAGAGAAAAGAGCUAUGGGACAGGUGGCACUCAACCAAGAACUUCAAGAACUGAACCGCGCUAUGGCGAUCAAGGCGUCUGUAGUCCAAGCUAUACUGGCCAACAACAAGGAUAUGCUGGAGAACCACAAGAACUUGCGAGAAAAUGAGGAGAAGAUUGCUCAUCUGGAAAAAGAAAGGGAUGAGCUCUUGCAGCAGUUGAAGCAGACUAAGAGCAAGGACCCAUCACACGAAGAGCGUCGCACUAAAGUCUCGAGUCUAGAACAACAGAUUUCUGAACUAAAGAAGACUUGUCAGCAACAAGCGCAUAUCAUUAAAACUAAGGAGAAGAAUGAGGCUAAGAUAGCCGCGCUGAAUGCUGAACUACAGGCCAUGAAGGCUACUAAGGUUAAAAUCAUUAAACAAAUGCGCGAAGAAAGCGAGAAGUUCCGUAAAUGGAAGGCAGACAACGAACGCGCAAUGCUGCGCCUGCGCAACGAAGAUCGCAAGCGAGCUACUGCUAUGGCCAAGAUGGAGAAUCUACAUGCCAAACAACAGAAUGUGCUUAAACGGAAGAUGGAGGAAGCUGUUGCUGUUAAUAAGAGACUUAAGGAAGCCCUAGAACGCCAGAAGUUCUCGCAGAUGAAGCGCAAUGCCAAAGGCAGCGUGAAGGCGGGCGCCGUACAACAAUACAUUGAACAAGAACUUGAAGUACAUCUCAGUAUUGUGGAGGCUGAAAAGUCGCUAGAAGAAUUGAUGGAAUAUAGGGCGUGGAUAACGGAGCAAAUAGAAAACCUACGUAAUAGCACAGAUGAGGAAGCUAACAGGAAGAAGAUUGCUGAACUAGAGGACGACCUGGCGUUGCGUAAGGCACAGAUAUCUGAUCUUCAACAGAAGAUACUGACGGCUGACCAAGAAAAUAAAUCGCGCACUCAAUGGGACAACAUUCAAUCUAUGCUGGAAGCAAAGGUCGCUUUGAAAUGUCUGUUCGAGUUGCUAGUGGACGCUAAGAGGGAGCUGACCAAUCAAAGUGAGAAGGGAUACCAAGCAAGAUAUGAAGAGAUCAAGGAAGCUCAUGAUAGACUCGCUAUGGACUUUGAGAAUAGUAAGGCGGAGUUUGAGAGGCAGUUGUCGGUUGUUAAGCUGCAGAGUGAGCAGAAGUUAUCAGCCCUCGUGGCUCUACAACGCGGCGUAGUAGGCAAAGGGGACAAGAGCGAGGCGUGCAAACAUCUACAGAACGUGAUCCAAUACCAACAGGAGAGGCUGGAACAAGUCGAGGAGGAAAAUAAAAAGUUGGUAGAUGAGCUAGAACAGCUACGUUCAGCUGGUAAGAAGGCCAAGAAGCGUCCAAAGAAGGAGAAGGAAGAAGUGGAGCCCGUCAAGAAGGUGGAGUAUGUCGAGCCUACUGAUGAGGAAGAUGAUGAGUUUGAGGAUAGGAAUAAGGAUCCUGACUGGCGAGCCACGCCGCUGUUUAAACGUAUACAGGCCCAACGUUCCCGUCUAACCAUGAACUUUACCCAAGCGGACGUGUCGGUGGGCACAGAGCCGCCGCGCGCCGUGAAGCGAGGCAGCGACGGCGCCGCGCACUGCACCUGUCGCGGCUCCUGCUCUACCAAGAUAUGUGGCUGUGUCAAGUCUGAUAAAGGAUGCGGAACCACUUGUAGAUGCCAAGCCGAGCUCUGCAAGAACAGGAGGGUCUCGUCCGAUAGUGAGGAUAAGGAGAAUAAUCCAUCAAGCACGGAGCUAUCCCUAGACACGACACCACCAUCAUACUUCGACAAGCGAGGACACCUUGAUGCUACGUUCGUUAAGAAGAAGAAAAGUUACUUCUUCCCGCACGACCAGGCGAAUGGCGAAGAAAAAGCAAUAAAGGUAUGA